AUCUCUCCCUUUCGUCUCCAUGGAGAUCCACCGCCUCGGCUUGCCAGCAUCCCAGCCUCUGCCAGGGAUUCUGAGCUGGGCUUGGUUCAUACCUCCUCCAGAGCCCUGCGCUGACAGCUAGGCAGAGCUACUGAGGAGCCCAUCCCCCUGCUCCACCCUCCACCUGCUCCGCUAGCCCUCUAGCCGUCCUACCGGCAAAAGGUCUCUGUGGGCUUCCUCUGAGCAUCGGACCCUCUGCCGUUCCAGCCUCCCAUGCCGAGGCCCGCCCUGUCAGUCGCUGCUUUUUGUCACCGGCUUGGCAAACGGGAGGGCAAACGAAGCUUCAUGGGAAACAGCAGCAACAGUUGGGUUCUCCCCAGGGAGGAGGCACAAGGCCGGAUGGGCCAGGCUGUGCAGGGAGGGACCAGGACAAGCAGGUCCCAUGCAUCGUUCCCCAAGCUGGAGCUGGGCCUGGGACACCGUCCCUCCCCAACCCGGGAGCCGCCUACCUGCUCCAUCUGUCUGGAAAGGCUUCGAGAGCCCAUCUCCCUGGACUGUGGCCAUGACUUCUGCAUCCGAUGCUUCAGCACCCAUCGCAUCCCAGGCUGUGAGCUACCGUGCUGCCCCGAAUGCCGGAAAAUCUGUAAGCAAAAGAAGGGCCUCCGCAGUCUAGGGGAGAGGAUGAAGCUCCUGCCUCAGCGGCCGCUGCCCCCCGCCCUGCAGGAGACCUGUGCUGUGAGAGCCGAACGGCUGCUGUUGGUGCGUAUCAACGCCUCUGGAGGCCUCAUCCUCAGGAUGGGGGCCAUCAACCGCUGUCUGAAGCAUCCUCUGGCCAGAGACACACCUGUCUGCUUGCUUGCUGUCCUGGGAGAGCAGCACUCAGGAAAGUCUUUCCUCCUGGACCAGUUGCUCAGAGGCUUACCAGGCCUGGAAUCUGGUGACAAUGGCAGGCCCAGGGCAGAGGGGUCCCUGCCUGGGAUCAGAUGGGGUGCUAACGGCCUCACCAGGGGCAUCUGGAUGUGGAGUCACCCUUUCCUGCUGGGCAAAGAAGGGAAGAAGGUGGCUGUGUUCUUAGUGGACACAGGAGAUGUCAUGAGCCCAGAACUGAGCAGGGAAACAAGGGUCAAGCUGUGUGCUCUCACCACAAUGCUCAGCUCCUACCAGAUCCUGAACACCUCUCAAGAGCUGAAGGACACAGACCUGGGCUAUCUGGAGAUGUUCGUUCAUGUGGCUGAGGUGAUGGGCAAGCAUUAUGGGAUGGUGCCAAUCCAGCAUCUGGACCUCUUAGUUCGUGAUUCUUCCCAUCACAAUAAGUCAGGGCAAGGGCACAUGGGUGACAUACUCCAGAAGCUGUCCGGAAAAUACCCCAAGGUCCAGGAGCUGCUCCUAGGGAAACGGGCCCGCUGUUACCUCCUGCCUGCUCCUGAGAGGCAGUGGGUAAACAAAGGCCAAGGAGGCAACACAGAAGAUGACUUCUCCCACUAUUUCCGGACCUACAUCUCCGAUGUGCUGAGCACAGCCCCUCAGCAUGCCAAGAGCCGCUGCCAAGGGUACUGGAGUGAGGGGCGUGCCAUUGCCAGGGGGGACAGACGCCUGCUCACAGGGCAGCAGCUAGCACAGGAAAUCAAGAACCUCUCUGGCUGGAUGGGGAAGACCGGGCCCAGUUUCAGCUCUCCGGAUGAGAUGGCUGCUCAGCUUCAUGACCUGAGGAGAGUGGAAGCUGCCAAGAAGGAGUUUGAGGAAUAUGUGAGACAGCAGGACAUAGCCACCAAGCGCAUCUUCUCCGCGCUACGAGUCCUGCCCGACACCAUGCGGAACCUCCUCUCUACCCAGAAAGAUGCCAUCUUGGCCCGCCAUGGCGUGGCCAUGUUGUGCAAGGAGAGGGAGCAGGCCUUGCAGGCCCUGGAAGCUGAGCUGCAGGCGGAGGCCAAGGCCUUCAUGGACUCCUACACCAUGCGCUUCUGUGGCCACCUGGCCGCGGUAGGGGGCGCUGUGGGUGCUGGGCUCAUGGGCCUGGCAGGAGGUGUGGUGGGUGCAGGCAUGGCAGCAGCAGCGUUGGCUGCUGAAGCUGGCAUGGUGGCGGCUGGGGCAGCGGUGGGGGCCACGGGGGCGGCGGUAGUUGGGGGUGGGGUGGGGGCCGGGCUGGCUGCUACGGUUGGCUGCAUGGAGAAAGAGGAAGAUGAGAGGGUACAAGGUGGGGACCGAGAGCCUCUUCUCCAGGAAGAAUAACAGCUAGGUGUUGAAGGGUUGAGGAGAUGAAAGGCGAGAGGAAAGGAUUCAGAGGGACCAGAGUAUAUGGGCCCCCUGAAUGCCCCAUGUCCAGUGGUGGCUGAGCUGGGGUUUAAGAUGGUCCAGGAACCUGAGCAGGCUUUCUGGCCAGGAGGCUGAGCUUGCGGUACAGUGGCUAGGAUGUGAGGCCCGUUUCUGGCUAUGGAUAAUUGCUAUUCACUGGAGCCUAAGAUCUCCCACCGUAAAUAAGGUUCCACCUCCCCCACCCUACUCCAGUUCAUUCCCCUGGAGGGCCCAGGCCUGGAGGUUUGCCCCUGGUUCCAGACCCUGUUCUUUUUAUAGUUGGGACAGGUCCCAGCAUGACUGGCUUUGGAGCCGGGGGCCUUGACAGGGAAGAAGGAGGAGGGACCACAGGGCAGAGAUGAGUAUGUCAGAUAGAGGUAUAACCCUGGAACAGUGACUUGUUCCCAAAAUGGCUCCAGAAGGGACAGACUUGGCUGGCCUUCCCCCACUCUUCAGCUGGGUGUCCUGAACCGCCCUGUACCCCAGCCUCCUGCAGUCCCCUGGAGCCUGUGCCCUGUGCCAAGCCUGUUUGGAUGGAUACAGACAGACUAAAUGCCAAAGAACCACACCUCCGAUUGCAUUCUGUGCUAGCAGUCCGCACCAGGUUCUGCCAAAGCAUGGUAAAAGGACAGCACAGGAGAUGAGUUCCGACCUUAACCACGGCCCCUUUCCCUUGAGCUGUGGGCCCUCUGUGCCACACUGUAAGACAUCCUUGAUACAGCUCUCUAAGCAAUAUGUCUCCAGAGAGUUUGUGGACAGGGAGUUUCUCUUGGGGGAUGGAAUUUCUAAGGGUACUUCCAGGCUAUUAAACCGUAAAGUACGUUGGGCACAUGACCCUUUAUUUUAUAUAAAAAUAAAAUGUGUGUGUGAAUGA